CGCAUCGUCGCUUAGCUAUGAAUGAGCAAGAAAGCAUCCAGAUUGAGAAAAGCAGCGAAAGUAUUACGAGCUCACAACCACGCUUACGUCGGUUUGUCUUUGCGACCGUGUUGGUAGUGUGCGCCUAUUUCACCUAUAUCUGCAUCUCUUUGUCGUCUCCCUUCUAUCCACAAGUGGCCGCCAAAAAGAAAGGGUCAACAGCGGACACGGAGGUUGGUGUAGUGGUGGGCAGCAUUCAGCUGUCUGCUGUGAUUGGAUCAAUGAUUGUUGGAGCGUACAUGAACAAGAUUGGAGUUCGAUUUCUUCUCACAGCCGGGCCUUUCCUCCUUGGAGGAUGUACCGUCAUUUUUGGCUUCGUCGGUAACAUAGACACGUGGGCGUCAUUUAUUGGACUCAGUAUAGCUAUCAACUUUGUUAUGGGAUUUGGACAAGUUGCAUUUACUACAACUGCAAGUACAGUGCUUGUCGAUAUGUUUUCUUCUCGUAUAGCUACUAUUUGGGCUGUCGUGGCUUUAUCUCUUUCUCUUGGUUAUAUUACUGGUACACCACUUGGGGGAUUUUUGUAUGACAGUGAGGGUUUCUUCUUUCCCUUUGUUAUCAUUGGAAGUGUGUUGCUGCUAUUUGUCCCAUUGCUGUUAAUCUUUGAUGCAGAAGGCACCGACAUAAUAUUCAGACAAACUGACUCUAACAGCCAAGCAACCAUGUGGUCACUGGUAAAGAUGAUGCCUGUACUCGUAGUUUGUGUGAGCCAGUUUUUGUCAUUUGCACCUUCAGCACUCUUUCAAACUUCUCUUCCAGUGUUUCUUUCCAAUACAUUUGGUUGGAGUGCAUCUCAAAUUGGCAUGACAUUUUUUAUAUUGGGAGGAGCCUAUCUUGUAUCAGCAAUCGCUGUUGGCGUACUAGCAGAUACCACUAAACCACGACCUGUAAUGAUUAUAGGAUUACUAGUGGAAGGUUGUUCAAUGUUACUGAUUGGUCCAUCGUUUGUGUUUCCAUUUCUCUCUCCCAGACCUUGGUUUGUGUAUUUAGCAAUGGGACUGAAUGGAGUCGGAAUGGCUAUGGUUACAGUACCUUCAGCUGCAGACAUGAUUGAUACUGCUGUUGCAAGAGACUAUGAAAAGAAUAUUUCAUUGUUUGCAGUCGUAUCGGGUCUAAUAAAUGCAGCAACAUUUUCUUCAGGAGCUUUGUGUUCACCAAUUUCUGGUGCACUGACGGCUGCCUUUGGCUUUCGUCAGUCUACUUCUUACUUUGCUUUUAUCAUUUUUCUUCACUUUAUUGUAACCAUAGUGACUACUGUAGUUGAAAGGAGAUGGUCUUGAACUCGAAGUAACAAUAACUUGCUAACACUAAAAUGUAUGUCUUCAUAUGUGAUUUCUGUGACGUUGUUCUCAAUUUUCUGUAAUAGCUUUUGCUAGUAGCAAAGAAAUAUUUGAAAUUUACUUAAUAUAGACCUUGG